GUUGGAACAGUGCACAUUUUGCCACGUGAAAGAUUAAAACAUGUUAAACUUAACUGAAGCUUUACAUUUCAUUUAGAAUAUAUUAAUCCACUUAAUAUUUUAGCAAAAAAUGCUAAUAGUUGUGGGUGUUUACAGUGUUAUAGUUUUAGUCUAGCUUAUUAGCUACGUAGUUGUGACAUUUACAUGCUAACCAUACCAGCACUUGAAGGCGGCAAUUUUCCCAUUAGCCAAGAGGAAGGCCAAAGAAGUUUAGCAGCGGUAAUCACCCGCAAAACACAGCGAUUAAUUAGCUCCACAAUGAACCUGUCUGUUAAACAGGGAUCCUAUUUUAAUCUGCGGCAUAACGAAUAGCUGGAGAGAUUUUUUUUCAUGCUAAGUCAGCUGUUUAUUAGUGUGCUAAAAUGCCGAGUGAAGUCAAAUAUAGAAAAAAGACGCAGGCUCAAAAGCAGGGUGACGAUCUAACACAAACGUCUUCUGCAAAUGGAAAAGAUGAAGCACCAAAAGGGAAAACGGAAGUGCAAAUGGGAACAAAUAAAACAUCUUCAGGUCCGGAUAUUAAAAGUUUAAUGUGUGUAGUGUCACUUUUAGCCUGCGGAGCUCUCAGCUGGAUGGUGUUGCAGCAGAAUGAGAGGUUCGCUCAAAUGGAAGAAAAGUACAGGUCACUUGACGGGAAAACAUCCAGCCUGUUGGACAUGGAGGAAAAGAUGGUAGAAGUUUCCAAAAAGCUUGUGGCCUCUGAGGAUGACCUACAGGAUGCGCUCUCCACCGUCUCCUUGGCAACAAGACUGCAGCAGGACAUCUCUACCCUCCAUGCAUCUGUGAUGGCAAUGCAGACUGACGAGAACGUCGCCUCCCGUGACCUCCAGACGGUCAACGCUCACUUCCUCACCGUGACGGAGACGUGGCAGGAGAGGUUGGCUGCCAUCACCUCUGACCUGGCAGCCCUCAAGACCGAGUCUCGGGAGGCCCACGCCGGAGCCACCGAGCAGGUGAAUGAGGCCGAGCGGAGGACUCGGGCUCUGGAGAAGAGGCUGGAAGAGCUUGAGGACAGCACAAAGAGGAACAUGCGAGCUAUGGAGCGCGCAGAGGAAGAUGAUGCCAAGCGAGCGCAGGACCAGCUGGACUGGAAUACCAAGCAGAUCCACAAGCUGGACCAGCAGAUCAGCAGCCUGACCAAGAGCGAAGCUGAACUGAGCUCUCAGCUUCAGGAGCACAUUCCUAGAGCGCAGGCGUGCGAAGAGCACCUGCCACAGGUAGAAGAGGCGGUGCGCUCCAUCCUGAAACUCGGCGGUGACCUAAGCGGGGCGGAGAGGAGGCUGGAGGAGGUGACGUUACAGGUGUUUGGGACUGAGGACAGCAUGCUGAAAGCUGUGAAUGAAAUCCUCAAGAUCAGACAGGAGCUGGACACUCUGCAGGCUGAACACAGCAUCCUGAAGAUGAAGAAUGAGUUGUCCGUGGUUAAAGAGGCGGUCCAUGAACUCACCAUGGUGUUGAGGGAAAGUAGGGCUGAAAUCCAAAUGGACUCUGACACUUUGGAGGAAGAAGGAUGGAAGGAUGAAGAGGAGGAGGAGUGGCAGGAUGAUGACCAGGGCGAACCAACUGAACUUCCUCAUGAUGACCUCACUGAAUGAUGUCAUUGUUUUAAAUGGACUAGGGCGUGGCAGGAGUUUUAAUUUAAUCUGAGUUUUGUCAGAAAAACAUGAACCCUGUACAGAGAAAUAGCCUGAACAUGCACUGUGCUCCAGAUGAUCAGAUUUAUAGUGUUUUCUCUACUAAUUCACGAAUAAACAAACUCAGAAGGGUUAUUUUAUGAAAAUAAGUUAUGUUCGGUCCAACAACCUGUAACAUCUCGGUGUCUGGAUUUGAAACAGGAACAACUUUUGUAUCUAAAUAAUCUACAUAUUUUGUGCAACUUUCAACUGUCUAAUUUUGGUGGAAAUUAUGUAAAUCAUUUCACCACUGAGCUUAUUUAAUAAAAUCCCCUUUCUUAAAAGAAAAGUUUUAUUUGUU